AGGGGCACGGAGUCUCGAUUCUCUUUCUCCUUCGGCGCAGUCAUCAAGUAAUCAAGCAUUUAUCGCAAAGCUCCAGGCUAUGGGCUGCGUCGGGAUAUGCGGUCAAGUAGAAUUCUGAAGUCUGGUGGUAUCACAAUGGCCAUGCGAAGUUGCCUGGUGCCCUUGAAGGGCGUAGUCCAGAUGGCGGGGAGUCUACGGUUCUGCGCUUUUGCAAGGAUGUCAUUCGAGAAAUGGCAGGCUGCGAUGGCACCGAAAGUCAACAGCACUUGGGUUCGACACCAAGUGAUAACAAAGGAGAACCUUGACCUCUAUAUGGCCGUCGGGUGCACCGUAAAGAUCUGUGGAAUUGCUGGGCAAGCCGAUUAUCCAGCAGCUAACAUGUUCUCUGACCGUCCACUCAAUAUGAAAGCUAGAAGAUGCUUUUGUCUUCGGUCCUAGAUCUCGACACUGUGGGUGAUAUCGGGCUCAUCAAUGAGAUGCCUAUCACCAUGCAAGCCAUGAGCUCAGCGAGAA